AUGAGUAGUGUGGUGAAUAAGAGCGCGAAGCGUUUUGUUCCAAAGCUUAGAGAGAGAAGACAGAUUAGUUCGGCGCAGACAAGCAGCGCUCAAAAGCCAGUGGGGCCAGCAGGACCGGGAGAGACCCCAGAAACGGUAGUAUCUGCCAACAAGGCGAGUGAGGUAGAAAAUGCAGAGCCAUCGGAAGCAAGUAACCAAGGUGAGGUAGAGAAAUCCGAGACGCAGAACGAGAAUGAGAAUGAGAGUGGUAAAGUACUGUCUGGAAGUGCUGUAGAAACAACUGGUUCUGGAGAGAAUCAGGAUAAUAUUGGUAAAAAUGGGGGGGUUACUUUCGAGGAAGAUGAUCCGUUAAGCCAAACGACUAUGGCUAGAGACUUGGGGCCUUCGAGAACCAGUACUCAGAUACCAGUUGUAGCGGUUUCAAGUACGGCUAGUCGCCGGAGGUCUAGCAGACUUGACUCUCUUUCAGCGGCCAAACCAACUUUUAAGUCUGGGUUUAUGGGCGCAAACCCUGCAAAUGGCUCUGUUUCUGGUUCUGUGCCCGAAAAGAGUAGAAGACUAUCCACAAUAUCAACAGGUUCUUUACGGAAAAAAAGCCUGAGUAUCAACUCCGAGAAUGAUUCUUCUUUACAGGCCAUCAAACGGAGACGUAUGUCUUCGAGAUCUUCUGUUGGGAAAGGAUCUGGGAAAGUCCAAAGAAUUAGUAUUGUGUCCAGGAUGAGUAGCCCAGACGAUGAUUCAUUAACUGCAAAACCAGCCGGGGACGCUGAAAACACGGACGAUAUCUUCCAACGGACCGAUGAUCUUUAUCAGAAAUACACAAUAGCGAAUUUGAAGAUGAUUCCAAAGAAAAUUGCCGACACGGACUCCUCUAAAUACUUGAUCGAUGAGGAGAAUUUCACGAUGGCUGAUCUAUGUAAGCCAACGCUUCCUAUUGGAGAAAUAUCUGAAAAUUUCACCAGAGCCAAGGAAGCCGCCCGAUUGAAGGCUGAAAGACGGAAAAAGAGAAGAGAAUUGAGGGAAACGGCAAGACGUGAGUUCAAAUCUUUAAACGACCUAGUCACAGAGGAAGAGUCUAAACUGAAGGAAGAGAGAAAGAAAGCCGCCCAAGAGCUAUUAAAUACAGAGGUUCCUGAUGAAAAACCUCGCCAAGGUAUUCAAUUGAAGAUGAGUGCCGAUGGUUCAAUGGUUGUGGAUGAAGAAUCUACGGUUGUUGAUAGACACAAGAACGCAUCGUUGGAAAAUUCUUCAAAGGAGAAGAUCCAGAAUAACCCCUUCGAAAAUCUAUACAACUCAGCAACGUACGGAAGACAGCAGUUCACGGAUCCAUGGACAACUGAGGAAAUGAUUAAAUUCUACCAGGCUUUAUCAAUGUGGGGUACGGACUUCAACUUGAUUUCACAACUGUUCCCAUACAGAACAAGGCGACAAAUUAAGUCUAAAUUUGUCAACGAGGAAAAAAAGCAUCCAAUAAUGAUUGAGCUUGCUCUACGAUCCAAACUUCCACCAAACUUUGACCAGUACUGCCAGGAAACUAGAAAAACAAUCGGGACUGUUCAUGAAUUCAACAAACGUUUGGAUCAACUUCAAGUUGAGCAUGAGGAGCAUUUGAAACAGAUCGAGGUAGAACGUCAAAAUGCAAGAGAACAAGAUAUCAAACAGCAAAGUGUCAAGGAACACGAAAGGGCACAGAGAGGGAAACAAGGCGGAAGACAAGAACAGCUUAGAGAGUACAGAAAAUCUGAAAUUGUUUUGGGUUCUAUUGACGAUCUAAAGAAAAAGAGGGCUGAAGAAGUAACUGAAGAGACAUAA